AUGGGGAAGGAGCAGGAGCUGCUGGAGGCCGCCCGUACCGGGAACCUGCCCGCCGUGGAGAAGCUGUUAUCGGGGAAACGCCUCAGCUCCGGCUUCGGUGGCUCCGGGGGGGGAGGAGGAGGCGGAGGAGGGGGCUCCGGGGGGGGAGGCGGCGGCGGAGGAGGCAGCGGGAGCGGCGGUGUGGGGCACCCGCUGUCCAGUCUCCUCAGCAUCUGGAGAGGGCCAAAUGUGAACUGCGUUGACAGUACUGGAUACACUCCACUGCACCAUGCUGCUUUGAAUGGUCAUAAGGAUGUUGUGGAAGUUCUGCUGAGGAACGAUGCACUAACCAAUGUAGCAGACUGUAAAGGCUGUUACCCUCUUCACCUGGCAGCUUGGAAAGGGGAUGCAGACAUCGUGAAGCUCCUCAUCCACCAGGGACCUUCGCAUACUAAAGUGAAUGAGCAGAAUGCUCUUGAGAUCAAAGAACUCAAAAAGUACGGCCCCUUUGACCCAUAUAUCAAUGCCAAGAACAACGACAACGAGACGGCGCUGCACUGUGCCGCGCAGUACGGCCACACAGAGGUGGUGAAGGUCCUUCUGGAGGAGCUGACCGACCCCACCAUGCGCAAUAACAAGUUUGAGACUCCGCUGGACCUGGCCGCACUCUAUGGGAGGCUGGAAGUCGUGAAGAUGCUCUUGAACGCUCACCCCAAUCUUUUAAGCUGCAACACUAAGAAACACACUCCCCUGCACUUGGCAGCUAGGAAUGGUCACAAAACUGUAGUCCAUGUCCUCCUGGAUGCUGGCAUGGAUAGCAACUACCAGACUGAAAAAGGCAGUGCUUUGCACGAAGCUGCUUUGUUUGGCAAGACAGAUGUGGUACAAAUAUUGCUGGCUGCAGGUAUUGAUGUGAACAUAAAGGAUAACAGAGGCCUGACAGCUCUGGAUAUUGUGAGGGAACUUCCUUCUCAGAAAAGCCAACACAUAGCAGCUCUUAUUGAAGAUUACACAAUUGGGAAGAGAAGUGCCAAAGCUGCGGAGAAGACUGUUCAAGCACCGCUUGUUCCAGCCACUGAUCCUGUGUGCCGGAUAUCUCAGGGUGAUGUGGAGAAAGCAGUGACAGAACUGAUCAUAGAUUUUGAUGUGAACCCAGAAGAGGAGAGUCCAUAUGAAGCUUUAUAUAACGCAACGUCCUGCCACUCCCUGGACAGCCUUGCCAGUGGGAGAUCUUCAGAUCGAGAGUCUGUGAAUAAGGAAGUGGAAUCAACUGGUCUCAAAGCAGCAGGAGUCAGGCCUAGAGAACGUCCACCCCCGCCUGCCAAGCCACCGCCUGAUGAAGAGGAGGAGCAGCAUGUGGAGAAGAAGAUAGGCCAUGGUGCUUCCUGUGAGGCCUCUGUUGCACGAGGGAAGAGCAGGGGAAGUGGAGCUGAGGAAGAGGAACACCCUUACGAGCUGUUGCUUACAGCAGAAACUAAAAAGCCAGUUGCCGUGGAUAGGAAAACAAAAGACCACAGGAGGAGCAGUGGCAGCCGCAGCCAGGACUCUGCCGACGGCCAGGACAUCCAGGUUCCAGAGCAGUUUUCAGGGUUGCUCCAUGGUUCCUCCCCGAUCUGUGAGAUAAGCGAGGACCCUUUCAGGCUCGUUUCCUCCACGGAGAAAGGAGGCACGGAAGCUACAAGCCACCCACCUGCUAUGCAGCUGGAGGAUGCUGACUUACCUGCCCCUGGAUCAGUACGGACCAGCUCUCCGGACCAAAACCAGAAAGUGGUCUACGCAACCGUCCAGCACGCACACGUCAACCGGGCGGAUCCUGAAACUGUAGUCACGCCCCACGUGCUACAGCACCCCGGCGGUGCUGAGGAAGAGGGGGACAGAGCUGUGGGCAGAGCCCACCCGGGGAGCAAGCCCAAAGCUGAGCUCAAACUCAGCCGCAGCUUGUCUAAAUCGGACUCUGAUCUUCUGACCUGCUCUCCGACAGAGGACGAUGCCAUGGGGAGCCGGAGUGAAUCGCUCUCAAACUGCAGCACUGGGAAGAAGAGGCUGGAGAAGUCCCCGUCCUUUGCUUCGGAGUGGGAUGAGAUUGAGAAAAUCAUGAGUUCCAUCGGUGAAGGCAUUGACUUUUCUCAGGAGCAGCAAAGGAUCUCAGGUUCGCGGAUGCUGGAGCAGAGUGUCGGGGAGUGGCUGGAGUCCAUUGGCCUGCAGCAAUAUGAGAGUAAGCUGCUUUUGAACGGCUUUGAUGAUGUCCGCUUCCUGGGCUGUAAUGUCAUGGAAGACCAGGACCUUCGGGACAUCGGGAUCAGUGAUCCGCAGCACCGUCGGAAGCUCCUCCAGGCUGCUCGCUCCCUCCCGAAGUUGAAACCCCUGGGCUGUGAUGGGAACAGCCAGCCUUCGGUUCCUGCAUGGCUCGACUCUUUGGGGCUGCAGGAUUACAUUCAGUCCUUCCUCUCGAGUGGCUACAGCUCUAUUGACACUGUGAAAAACCUUUGGGAGCUUGAAAUAGUAAAUGUGUUGAAAGUGAAUCUGCUCGGCCAUCGGAAGAGGAUCAUCGCCUCCCUGGCAGACAGACCAUACGAGGAGCCACCGGCAAAGCCGCCGCGGUUCUCACAGCUGAGAUGCCAGGACUUGAUGUCCCAGACAUCGUCACCCCUGAGCCAGAACGACUCCUGCACGGGCAGAUCUGCCGAUCUGCUGCUGCCCUCCGGGGACACUGGGAAGAGGCAACAUGACCGUGGCACCGAGGUUGUUCCCUACUCCAGAGCUGAGCGCUACAAAGCACAGGAGGACCGUCGGGAGUCAAAGCUGACCCUGCGCCCCCCCAGCCUGGCUGCCCCGUACGCCCCAGUCCAAAACUGGCAGCACCAGCCGGAGAAGCUCAUCUUUGAGUCCUGCGGGUAUGAGGCCAAUUACUUGGGCUCCAUGUUGAUCAAAGACCUUCGAGGGACAGAGUCUACGCAGGAUGCCUGUGCCAAGAUGAGGAAAUCCACAGAGCACAUGAAGAAGAUCCCGACCAUAAUACUGUCCAUCACGUACAAGGGGGUGAAGUUCAUCGAUGCCUCUAACAAGAAUGUCAUUGCUGAGCACGAGAUCCGGAACAUCUCCUGCGCUGCUCAGGACCCUGAGGAUCUCUGCACGUUCGCCUACAUCACCAAGGACCUGCAGACCAGCCACCACUACUGCCAUGUCUUCAGCACCGUGGACGUGAACCUGACGUACGAGAUCAUCCUUACGUUGGGGCAGGCGUUUGAGGUCGCCUACCAGCUGGCCCUUCAAGCCCAGAGAGCAAAGCCUCUGGGUGCUGGAGCAGGAGAAAUGAUUGAAACAAAAUCUUCCAAACCGGUGCCUAAACCGCGAGCCGGCAUGAGGAAAUCUGCACUGGAGCCCCCUGAAGUGGACCAAGAUUCCCAGUCUCAUGCCAGUGUCUCCUGGGUCGUGGACCCCAAACAGGACUCCAAGCGGACCCUCAGCACUAAGUAUGAGACCACUAUCUUCUAAAGCAAACACACCCCGUGUCCACCUAGUCUAACCGUGCCUUUGCGAUCUGAUCUGUCUGCUGUUCUAAACUCCCUCUUCCUCCAGCUGCUCGCACUGAGCCCCGCGUAGGCACUACGUCAAAGGCAGCAGCACUUAGGAGACUGUAGACUUAAACGGCUUUUGUACCUGAUCACUACUGAACACUGUGAAUUCUCCUUACUCGGAAACAAGGGUAACACACUGUUAGAUAUCUGUGAGGUGGGAGGUGCAGAGGGAUGCAGGCUGGGGGGAAUCAGAGAUGUGGAUCCAGGAAGCCGCCUGCCGUUUUCACGUCUUUCCCCUCGCUCUGGCACUGUGAAUCCCUGGGGGAACGUGACACUCCCCAGGCCUUUUUUUCUAUUUCACCUUCUUAUCCUUGGACUGAUGGAGACUUCUUGUCUCUGCGGUGCACGCACUCCCUCCUCCUAGAUCCUCUUCUUCCCGACUGAGCCACGGCUGUGUACUGUUCCAGUGAACUCACCCCUCUUCUUACCUGCCAUUCGAAUCGACACUAACCACUGUGAUGCUGUCUGCAAAUAACACACGUUCACUAGAUUUCCUCACGGGGACCCUUGCCCACAAUCUCUCCCCUCAAAGCCUGGAGCAGAAAACCUGCUCUGACGGGAGCACUGGUUUGGGCCGGGUGUGAUCGUUCCCACUGUGAGCUCUGUCCCCUCUCAGAGACGAGGUGCAGUUUUGGUUGCAUGCAUUUCAGUCCCUUGUAGGAUAUUUUUCCCCGCCAUAGUCCUUCUGUUUACACUCACCAGACUUCUCGUGAGCUUUGGGCGUAGUUCUCACUUGGCAGAUUGUAAAGAGGUUAAGCUUUUAAAGGCACAUGUUGUUAGCCCCGUGUUGGGAAGGAAAGGUUUUUGAGAGGGGCUGGUUACUGCGCUGUUAGAGGUCUGAUAAAGCAGACGGAGCUCUGCUGUGUUCAGCAGGCUUACCGCAGUUGUACUUUUUUUGCUGAAGGGAGAAAUGUGAUUGAAAUCAGUCUGCUGCUGAUCCCAAAGCUUGUUUUCAGUCUACAAACCAUUGCGUGAUGAGGGCUAUAGGGAUCUUGAAACAUCUGUCGCUUUCCAUCCUUGAGAGUGAGGAUUUCACUGAGAGAUGGCCCUGCAAUGGGCGCCUCUGCCUUUUCUGGCUGUUUCUCAAAUGCGCAUGUUUUUCCUCUGGGAAAAUGUCCCCAUUUCUGUGUAUCUCAGUAGAAGCAGCUUUUAAUUCCAGAGUAUGACUGGGAAUCGUUUGCGUGAGACCGCAGGGCAUUUGGCACAGGUUGGAGCAGAGCUGGGACAGGUCUGGGAAUGCCGUACGGCGGUUCGCAACCCAGCGAAAGCCCCUAUGAGUCGGCCAUGGCCCUACCCCUGGUUCCUUCGCUUGCGUUUGCAAAGCUCACCGAGAUGAAACUGAGGAGGAGGAGGAUCUGAUGAAUAACAGCACUGGGAGGCAGGACUCCUGCCCUGGUGCUGCUUCUCCCUGACUUGCUGUGCGUCCCAGCGACUUUGCCUCUCUUUACCUCAGUUUCCCCGUAUACAGGAUGGGGACGUACUCACCUACCUCUCGGGGGUGUAAGGCUCGCUCCGUUUGCAGAGCACUUUUAAGACCCUUUAGUGAAAGGCACUGCAACUUCCACACCGUGGCAGCAAACCCCCGAUGCUCAGCCUCGCUCUCCUGACAGAUGAAGUACUUAACUCGCACAAACGGCCUCGUAGCAAAGCUGCAUCUUGGACCCCGACCAGCUCCUCGCAGGCAGCGGCUGUCGCACCUUUCCCAGGGAGAGGGCUGAGCAGAUGGAGCAGCGGGAGAGGGGGUUGCAGCCGUGCGGUAGUUGGGCUGUACAAAACUCACUGAUGUGCACCUUGAGGUGAAUGUGAACUCACCUUGGGUUUUGCAUCUUGGCAAAAUCCCCUCGCAGCCCAGUUUUGGAGAGGUGGUUGUGACGGUGGGUCUGUUAGAGAGCUGCGAAGGAAGGUGGACGGCAGCUACCCACUCACCUCUGCGUGACGUGUCUGGGUGGACAUCUUAGACAUAAAUGGGGAAGAGGGUGCCUUCGGAUCUCUGGUGAAGCUCCAUUUCCAAAACAGGUUUUAGGGUUUACCCUGAAUCUCCCUUCGCGAUCACCAGUUGGCAUCACUGGGGAGAGGUCAGAACAGCAGCCCUGGCUUAUUUGCACCUGGUAUUUAGGGGCUGGAAGAAGCUUGUCCGAGUUUUGCUGAGGCUUUGGAGCUGUUGGCUCAAAGCUUCUGUUCCCCCAGACUUGUGGUGAAAUCUGAUGUUUCAAAAUCUUUAUUCAGCCCUUUCUCAGGAAUGAGUUUCAUCUCCCAAGUCACUUGUGGCGUGAUGGCACUGAGUGGCAAACUGACUUCAAAAUAAGGGCCAGGCUAGUAAGAACCCAAGUGAGAGGACUGAAAGGAUUUUGUUAAAAAAAAAAAAAAAAAAAAAAAAAGGGUAGUUCAGUCUAGUACAUGUAUUUCAUAUGCCAUGGAGCCUUUUAACAUAGAGCCAGCGCUCUGCCUAAAGAAGGGCUGCAGUGCCAUCCUGCCAGGCAAAGCGUUGUGGACAGCAGAAUAUUACUGUGUCUGAGGGGCUCCGAGAGAUUGGGUUUGGGUUCGAUCAGCAUCUUUCCAAGCUGUAAGAGUGCCCUGAGGGUUUCUAUAUCCUUCAAAGAGAAACUGAAUUAACCGUAGCAGUGGUAGUGCAGUUUCUGUGUGUAACUAUUCACGGUGCAGUUGUCCACACGUACGCCUGACUUUAGAGGGUCUGAGCUCAUGCAUCUCCCCCUGCUUUCAGCUGGGCAGGGAAGAUUCCUCAGCACCUCCUAAAACCGGGUCACUAGAGCAUGUGCCUUUCUAAGGGUGACCGUCCAAACCCAGCUGGGAUCACAGGCAGCCCUACCUAAACUACAGAGCUUCCGCUGUGUGUCCAUAACCCUCACGGUUGUGUCUCAUCUCCUGGCCGUAUGCCUCAUCUUUCCCAGCACUUGUUUUUGUAUGACUCGGAAAUCAUUCAUUCCAUUAUCUUCCUUUCUGUUUGCCUCUGAAAAGCUGAUCUCCGGGCAGCUGUCUCCUACCACGGAAAUGUAGUAACGGGGCAGAGACCUAAGAAGCAGUGGCCUGCUGACACGAAGAUCAUCUCCAUCUGGCACUGGUGUCUGCCUCGGAGUGGGUGCAUGGCUGCUCAGUGAGGGCUCCCAAAGCAGAGGGGGGAAAGGGAUCCCAGCCACCAGCUGAGAAAAGCAGCUCUCUCCAUUUCUAGCAAAGGAAAGUUGAGACUUCCGAGGCUGAGAGCGAUGUCACCUUUUCUAGUUUGAGACAAACGUCUUUCGACCCGUUUCUUUUUAAACGUGCAAAAUGAUACAGAGCAAAUCCAGUUCAUGGUUUAAAUGUAGCACUGCGUUUUUUUGGUGAGGAAAAAAAAAUAUAUUCUUAUUUACUGAGAAUCCACGCAGUCCGCAAGGAGUACAAUAGAAAGUCUUAGCAGUGGGAGUGGUGUGUGCAUCUCUAACGGUACUUAAAUUUGCUUCAAUUCUGGGUGAACAGUAGAGAACGCCAAAUUCUUGGAAAUAACUUCCUCCAGUGUGAGAAGCCUUGCAGGGUAAGUCUGCAUCCUUCGUUUUCAAAGCUACUCCACACUUUUAUAGCAAAUGGAAAUAACUUAAAGAAAAGAGUCUGCAAAGGAUCUUUCACCCCAGAGUGGUUGUGGCCAAGUAUUACCGAUGGUACAAAGCUUGCUUCCCCAACAGAGAACUGUUGUAUUGCAAUACUUGACAUUUCUAUGGCAAGGACACAAUUUCUUCCCAUUUAGGCACUGACUACCUGGAGACGACUCCCUUCUCCAGCCUCUUGUGCACCUGUCUUGUUUUUAAAUGCAGUUAUGCCCUGAAGGGUUGGGGGGUUUUUUUAAGUAUAUUCAAUUGUGAUUUAGCACUUUUUUGAUACUAGCUCAUUAUUUAAUUAGUGCGACAGUUUCAGAAGAUGAACAAAUAAGGAGUUAAAUUUUGGGCAUUAUACUGAAACAGUCCAUACCUGAGGAUAGAUUGUAUCAACCUGAGGAUGGCUUGGCCCCCUCUAAGUCGGGUAUCCCCAAAUACCACCAUCUCGAAGGUGCUGUGUGCUUACUUUUCUUGCAAAUUACCAGAGUGUUUAACAGUAGUUUUGGCUGACUGAUGUGUUUUCACAGUAUGGUUCCCCUCAAGGGAGAGAUGUUAAAAUGGUUGCAAUUUUAAUUCUUCAGAUGCAAAAAUGUAGCGCAGCACGUUUGUUAUAAUCUCGACAGGCAUUGUAAUGGUUGGGGAUGUGGUACCCUGCUGCUUUACUAGAAUGAUAUGCCCAAAUAAUUCCUGUUUAACUCCAGUUGCUGCUGUAUGUCAGGAUUUCAUUUAGUCUCUCUAGCCAGUAAGGCUGGGAGAGAAGUGAACCGUAAUCCCAAGGGCAUAGACCUGUAAAUGAUUAGGAGGGGGAAGUGGAGAUUUUUUUUUUUUAAGUUGAUGAAUUUAGGAAACCUAACAUUCCUUGUUAUGCAUAUGUUGCAAUUCAUACUGGUGUAAGUGUAAAUAUUUGGUGUGUUGGCAACAAGUCUUUUUGGAGAGAUUGCAAAUUGAACCUCUGCUUGGGAGGAGGGACACCUUUCUUUUUGAUGCAAUGAGCUUUUUGAAGGUUGGCUUGGAGGUGAUGUGGUGAUGAAGACUCCAAUCUUCAGGGGACUGGGCUUGGUGACCCUGGUGGUCCUUUCCAGUCCUGCGUGUAAACCUAUGGUUGUCUUUAGUGAUCCAACAGUUCUUUAGCCAGAUACUCUCUUUCUCACUUCAUAGGCAAAGCAGUUGUUUUGGCAGUGCAUCUCCCCUUUUAUUUUGAUGGGUUUUCUCAAGGUACUUGCAUGCUGGAGCCUGAUCCCGGACCGUGCCCAUUGCUGACUCCCAGUAAUCUGUUAGCCCAUCCAUUGCACAGUAUUGUGGCUUUUCCUCUCUACAGGGUUUUGUGGUAGCUGGAGGAAAGUGCCCUAAAUUUCUGGUGCUGAAUAUGACUUUGAAUCAAAACGCAUCUGCUGUAUUACCUGCCUGGGAAAAGGCGGUGCUGCCCUGGGCCUUGUUCCCCUUUUUAAGGACAGAUUGUAUUUUACAGACUUCGGUUUGUGCAUGGCAUGAGUCCAGGCAAAGAACUCAAGAUAGGUAAACUAAGAUGCAGAGUUGUCUUUUUUUUAUAUAGGAGGGGAUUAUUAUUUUUUUUUC